AUGUCUCUUGCUGAUUCUCGCCUCUUUCAUCCCCUGAAGGUAGGAAACGUGGACCUACAGCAUCGAGUGGUGCUCGCACCUCUGACUCGCUUCCGGGCCGACGAUGACCACGUUCCUAUGCCUAUAACAGUCGAUUAUUAUGCUCAGCGUGCCUGCGUCCCAGGAACUCUGCUCAUCACUGAAGCGACCUACGUUUCCAAACGUGGAGGAGGCAUGCCGAAUGUCCCUGGCAUUUGGAACAAGAACCAGAUCGCUGCCUGGAAGAAUAUAACCGAUGCGGUCCAUAAGCAGAAGUCGUUCAUUUUCAUGCAGCUAUGGGCCUUGGGUCGUGUGGCUGUGCCCCAAAUCGCACGCGACGAGGGCUUUGACAUUGUUAGCUCCAGCCCUGUGCCGCAAGCCAACCCCAUGAGUCCGGAGAUCGUAACGCCCAGAGAGCUUACCGUCCAUGAGAUCAAACAAUUUAUUGGGGAUUUUGUCCAGGCAGCCAAGAACGCCAUGGAAGCUGGAUUCGAUGGAGUGGAGAUUCAUGGUGCUGGGGGUUAUCUGAUCGACCAGUUUACCCAGGACACUUGCAACAGACGUAACGAUGAGUAUGGUGGCUCAAUCGAGAACCGAUCCCGCUUCCUGUUGGAGGUAGCCAGAGGAGUGGCUGAUGCUAUUGGCGCGGAAAAGGUGGGGGUUCGACUCUCGCCGUGGCAGUCAUACCAGGGAAUGGGAAUUAAGGAGCCAAUCCCUCAAUUCACUCAUGUCAUUUGCGGGCUGAAGGAGUUAAAGUUAGCUUAUUUGCAUCUGAUUGAGGCCCGAGUGAACGGAACAGAAGAUGUCGAUAAGCACGACAGUAAUACUCCCUUUAUCGAGGCUUGGGGCAAGAUUAGCCCUAUCAUUUUGGCCGGUGGCUAUACCCCUUCCUCAGCGAGCGAACGUCUGGACAGGCAGGAUAAGGAAGAGAACCUUCUCAUUGCUUUUGGGAGACAUUUCAUUCCGAACCCAGACUUAGCCUAUCGCGUCAAGAAUGGCAUCCCCUUCGUACCAUACGAUCGGAGCCUUUUUUAUAUGCCGAAGUCCGAGAAAGGACUCGCAGACUAUCCUUUCAGUGCAGAAUUCAUACGGGAAAACGAAAAAGGGUCAAGUGCUACUUAA